CCACUCUCUCACUUCUCCCUCUUUCCAUUUUGCACAUUUCAAUGCUUCAUUCUCAGUCUCCCCUGUUUCUUUUUCCCAUUCAUCACUCUUUUCUCUUCAUUUCUUCUCAAUUUCCACCUCUUUUUUCCCUUCUCAAUCAUCUCUGGUUUCCCUGUUCCUCUUCUUCCAACCCCUCCAAUCCACUUUCUUUCAAGUACAAUGUGCCCGUGAAGUAUAGAUAUAUUUACUUUGCUUCUCCGAAGAUGAUGCCAUUUAUUGUUUCCUGAUAUUGUUCGUGUAAGGUUCAAUUUAAGUUUUAACUUUCGUCAUCGCUACCUGGAGGAAAGACGGUUAGGAAGGAAGAAAAAUGCUGGAACCAGAGUUUUGUGCUUCCAAUAUACAGUCUCCUUUCCGUGAGGAGAGUGGGGAUGAAGAGCUUUCAGUUCUUCCAAGGCACACUAAAGUUAUUGUCACUGGAAAUAACAGAACGAAGUCUGUUUUAUUGGGAUUGCAAGGCGUGGUUAAGAAGGCUGUUGGCCUUGGAGGUUGGCAUUGGCUGGUUUUGAAAAAUGGGGUUGAAGUGAAGCUGCAAAGGAAUGCAUUGAGUGUGCUGGAACAUCCCACAGGAAACGAAAAUGAUGAACAUGAUUUGGACAACUCAAGUUGUAGCUCCGACAUCGGGGAGAAGGACAAUGAUUUCUCUAGCAACAUUGUUUUCCACAAACUUAACAAACCAAAAGUAAGGCAGAUUAGACCAUGGGCUCCAUCUUCAUCAGCAAAGUCGACUGGUCGGGGCAGCUAUGGAGAAAUUCAGUCUAUUCACAUGCCAAAG